AUGUAUAUAUACCCCUCUCUCCUCAGCGGAAUAAUAGGCGGUCAUCACCAGCAUCAACAUCGCAUUCAAGACACUCAGCAACUUUCCAACCAAAACCAAACCAAAACCCCAAACACAACUCUUUCAAAAUGGGCGGCUGCGGAAACUCCACCUGCUCUUGCAGCUCUUGCUCUUGCGCCGCCGGUGCUUGCAAAUGCAGCUCUUAAGGGACUGUCCCUCUCGAUUACAUAUGGCUUGACGAAGCCAUGCGCCCCUUUUCCCGCAUCUCAUGUACGACAACCCGACAACGGCAUGGAUAACGGCUGCAUGGAGGACAAACGGAAUGUUUGA